GAGAGCUCUCGUCUUCUCUUUUCUGCUUUUUAAAAGCCAGCUGUCCGGCUCUGUCCCCCGAACGUGGGUCAGUGAGCGGUGGGAUUCUCCCCAGACCCUGCCCGGGAGCGCUGGGCGCGGCCGCCCGGCACCAUGAAGGGACUCACGUGCUUCCUGGUCUGGUUCCUUCUCUCUGAAGCACGAGGCUUCGAAAUCCCCACCAAUGGACUUUCAGAAUUUGCAGAGUAUGGAGAGCUUGUGGAAGUGGCCCCAGGCGAAUUUCAAGUUGCGCUGGAAACCCGUCGGCAUCAGAGAAGUGUUUCUGGAGAACCUGGAGAAAUGGUGGGUGAUGUGGAUCAAGUCACCCUUUCUAGCUAUAAAGUCCAGUCUACUAUUACUUCUCGGAUGGCCAACACCGUCAUCCAGGCCAAAGUGGUGAACCACUCCCCACAGCCUCAGAGUGUCGUGUUUGAUGUUCAGAUUCCCAAAGGAGCCUUCAUCUCCAACUUCUCCAUGACUGUGAACGGCAUGACGUUUACCAGCUCCAUUAGGGAGAAAUCUGCGGGCCGAGCCCUCUACUCACAGGCGAGAGCACAAGGCAAAAGUGCAGGACUGCUGAGGAGCAGAGCUCUUGACAUGGAGAACUUCAAAACCGAAGUGAACGUCCUCCCCGGAUCAGAGGUGCAGUUUGAGCUUCAUUACCAGGAAGUGAAGUGGAGGAAGCUGGGCUCCUAUGAACACAGGCUCCCCCUGCACCCGGGACGGCUGGCCAAACACAUGCAGGUAGAUGUGCGGAUCAUUGAGCCUCAGGGACUGAGAUUUCUUCAUGUUCUGGACACCUUUGAUGGGCAUUUUGAUGGAGUUCCGGUCGUAUCUAAGGGACAGCAGAAGGCACACGUCACCUUCAAGCCCACGGUAGCACAACAAAGAAAAUGCCCCGACUGCUCUGAGACGGCGGUAGACGGAGAGCUGGUGGUGAUGUACGAUGUGAACAGAGAAGAGAAGGUCGGUGAACUUCAGGUAUUUAAUGGAUAUUUUGUCCACUUCUUUGCUCCUGAAAACAUGGACCCAAUUCCCAAGAACAUCCUCUUUGUCAUCGACGUUAGUGGCUCGAUGUGGGGAGUGAAAAUGAAACAGACAGUGGAAGCCAUGAAGACCAUAUUGGAUGACCUACGUGCUGAAGACCAGUUCUCCGUGGUUGAUUUCAACCACAACGUUCGAACCUGGAGAAAUGAUUUAGUCUCUGCUACAAAAACACAGAUUGCGGACGCCAAGAAUUAUAUUGAGAAAAUCCAGCCCAGUGGAGGCACAAAUAUCAACGAAGCCCUCCUGCGGGCCAUCUUUAUUUUGAAUGAAGCCAACAACUUGGGACUGUUGGACCCCAACGCAGUGUCACUCAUCAUUUUGGUGUCUGACGGUGAUCCAACAGUAGGUGAACUGAAAUUGUCAAAAAUUCAGAAAAACGUGAGGGACAACAUAGGAGACAACAUCUCCUUGUUCAGCUUGGGGAUAGGAUUCGAUGUCGAUUAUGACUUUCUGAAGAGGCUGUCCAGUGAAAACCGUGGGAUCGCUCAAAGGAUUUAUGGAAACCAGGACACUUCUUCCCAGCUCAAGAAAUUCUACAAUCAGGUCUCUACUCCCUUGCUGCAGAACGUUCAGUUCAACUAUCCCCAGUCGUCAGUAACGAACAUCACUCAGAACAGUUUCCAUAACUAUUUUAAAGGCUCCGAGAUUGUGGUGGCAGGAAAAGUGGACCCUGAUAAGCUGGAGCAGCUCCAGAGUGUGGUCACUGCAACUUCGGCUAACACAGAGCUGGUCUUGGAAACCCUGGCCCAGAUGGACGGCUUGGAGGAUUUCCUCUCCAAGGACAAGCAUGCGGAUCCGGAUUUCACCAGGAAGCUGUGGGCCUACCUGACCAUCAACCAGCUGCUAGCCGAACGGAGCCUGGCUCCUACAGCGGCUGUUAAACGGGAAAUUACAAGGACAAUCCUGCAGAUGUCCCUGGAGCAUCACAUAGUGACGCCCCUCACGGCGAUGGUGAUUGAGAACGAGGUGGGGGAUGAGCGCAUGCUGGCCGACUCCCCUCCACAAGACUCUUCCUGCUGUCCAGGUGCCCUGUUCUAUGGCAGCAAAGUUCCUCCAAAUGCAUUGCCGUCGUGGGCCAGCCCUUCGCCAACACCGGUGAUCCCCAUGCCUGCAGUGGGAGCACAGGUGCUUGAGACGACCCCCCCUCCACACGUGAUAAGAGUUGAAAAUGACCCACACUUCAUCAUCUACCUACCGAAAAGCCAAAAGAAUAUUUGUUUCAAUAUUGACCCAGAGCCUGGAAAAAUCCUCAGCCUUGUUUCUGAUCCAGAAUCAGGGAUUUUGGUCAACGGGCAGCUCAUUGGUGCCAAGAAGCCCCAGAAUAAAAAACUAAGCACCUACUUUGGGAAGCUGGGAUUUUAUUUCCAACGUGAAGACAUGAAAAUAGAAAUCAGCACUGAGACCAUCUCGCUGAGCUGGGGCUCUCGGACUGCUGUCCUGUCCUGGUCCGACACAGCCCGCAUCCUCCAUCAGAGGGUACUUGUCUCAGUGAAGAAAGAGAAAACUGUGACCAUCGUCCUGGAUAAAGAAAUGUCCUUUUCCGUUUUACUCCAUCAAGUUUGGAAGAAGCAUCCGAUCAAUGUAGACUUUUUGGGGAUCUACAUCCCCCCCUCAAACAAGUUUUCUCCUAAAGCACACGGACUGAUAGGCCAGUUCAUGCAUGAGCCAAAGAUACGUAUCUUCAACGAGCGACCAGGAAAGGACCCCAAGAAGCCAGAGGCAAGCAUGGAAGUGAAAGGACAAAAGCUGGUAGUCACCAGAGGGCUGCAGAAAGACUACCGAACUGACAGAGUGUUUGGGGCGGAAGUUCCUUGUUGGUUUGUGCACAACAGUGGGAAAGGCUUCAUCGAUGGACAUUACAAGGAUUACUUUGUGCCUCAGCUCUACAGCUUUCUCCAAUGGCCUUAAAAGUUGACAGUUUGGGAAAUUAUAUAUACAUUUUCCCCCCUGCCACUUUUGGAGUCAUUCUUGAGUUUGAAUCAUCAAAAAGUAACCAGAUACUGUGCUGGCUUAUAAAACCUGUUAACAUGUCUGAAGAAAAUAAAUACUUUUGCAAAGAAGUUUCAGGAUUCUGCUGUGUUUUCAGAUGCUAGGGUGUUAGUCAAGUUCGCGCAGAGGAAAGCUGCUUUGGCCAGUCAAGCUGCCAUCCAGACGGAGUCCUAGGUUUUGGCAUUUGACAUAAUUG